GAAUUACUUAGUGUGGUGGGUUUCCUGUGGUUCAUUCUAAGAAACCCGCCAAAUUUAUUUCCAACAUGGCGGCGGCAUCCCUAGUUUCUAGAAUUUCAUAAAAGUACUAUAGCUGCUGGCUUGUAAAUGGCAUAACAACAUGGACAAAAUUCGUAUUGAGCAGGUUGAUAAGCUUUCUCUUGCGUCUACCAAGCUGACUCGUGUGCUUGAAUGCAUGCAGAAUUUGGAAGGAACAGAUUUUCUCUCGAGACAGGAAUCUACAGUGGAGUUGAUUUCAGAGAGUGUUAAUGAACUGUACGAUGUCGUAGUAAAUCGUAGAGUCGAAGUAGAGGAUAGCGACGCGACUUGUGACGACGAAAAAUCAGACAUCGAUGACUUGUUAGAUCUUGAAGGCGAGAUUCAAAAAGAGAAGAACAUACAUGCUGAUGGUUGUGAUGUCCAGAAGGACACAGCAGAUUUGAUAGAAGAAUCAUUUGAUGAUGGCGAUGAUGACUUGCUGGAUAAAGCUAUGGCGGAAGUUGACUUUGAUGAGCUUUGUAACAAGAGUUUGAAUGAACUUGAAGGAACAGGCAGCCAGAGUAUGACAUCAUCACCACAGACACCGACACACCUGACGCCGAAACAUCGAAUGCUGUCACCCCCGACAAAAGCACUAACGAACAUUAUUCAGCACAACCAGUUGUCACCACAGGAAGACUGUGAUGUUACCUUUUUUUCAGAUUCAGCAGUUGCUCCUGAUUGCAAGCAUAUUGAAGUCCUUAAACGAUACUUUGGAUUCUCAAAAUUCAGGCCAAUGCAAUGGAAGAUUAUUCACCUGGUACUGAACUUAAAGAAGGAUGUAUGUGUUGUCAUGGCAACAGGAUAUGGGAAAAGUUUGUGCUACCAGUACCCUUCCCUGUUCACUGGAGGGACAGCCAUCGUCAUCUCCCCACUCAUUUCCCUGAUGGAGGACCAAGUCCAAAAACUAGCACUCCACAAGAUUCCUGCCCAAUACCUGGGAUCUGCCCAGUCUGACAGCAGCUCUGUCACCGCUGCAAUGUUAAGGGGGGAAUAUAGAGUUGUGUACGUCACCCCAGAGUAUGUUGCUUGCAACACUAAUUUCCUCGUGCGACUUCAGAGUAAAGUUGGCUUGACGCUGGUGGCAAUAGAUGAAGCCCACUGUGUGUCGCAGUGGGGUCAUGACUUUAGAGCAUCGUACCGUGAGCUUGGCCGCAUCCGUGACAAGCUCCCCCAGGUUCCAAUCGUUGCCUUGACAGCAACAGCCACUCCUGACGUGCGCAGAGACAUCUGCUUGUCACUCAAGUUGAAGACGCCAUCUGUUGUGUGCACUGGCUUCGACAGACCCAAUCUGUAUUUUGAAGUACACAAGAAAGGUGAUAGUGUUAUGGAAGAUCUCCGUCACUUGUUGAUAAGUGACAUUAACAAAUUCAGUUUUGCUGGACCAACAAUCAUUUACUGCCCAACUAAGAAAACUACUGAGAUGAUUGCAGACGCAUUGAAAGCAAAUGGCAUACUGUGCGAGGCGUACCACGCUGGCAUGGCUCUGAAAAAAAGAAAAAGUGCACACCACAAGUUCAUCAGAGAUGAAAUCCAGUGUGUUGUUGCGACAGUUGCGUUUGGGAUGGGAAUUGACAAGCCUGAUGUCAGACAGAUUAUCCAUUAUGGAGCUCCGAAGGAUAUAGAGUCCUACUACCAAGAGAUUGGGCGUGCAGGGAGAGAUGGGGAGCCUAGUUCCUGCUAUGUGUUUUACAAGCCUGGGGACUUUGCCACAAGUCGGUACCUUAUUAAUGAGAUGCAGUUGGAGACAUUCCGUGACCACAAACUGAAGAUGCUCAACAAACUUGAACAGUACUUGUCUACUACAGAAUGUAGGCGAAGGAAAAUCUUGGCGUACUUUGAAGAUGUCGCAGAGAGUAUAGGGGGCAAGGUUGAUUGCUGUGACAACUGCAAACAACGUAUCCUUUACCCAGAAAGAAAGGUCGAAAAGUUGGAACUUGGCAAGGAAGCGAAGCAAUUGCUUUCGGCUGUAAAGGCUGUUGGAAGUGGUCGAUACGGUCUGAACAUGACUGUCAUGGUCCUCAGAGGAUCGACGAAUCAGAGGGUCCCAGACAGAUUUUAUCGACUGAAGGCAUUUGGCAGCGGAAGUGCUCGCAGUGAAAAGUGGUGGAAAAGUUUUGGUCGGCAACUACUCACAGAGGGAUACCUUGAAGAGAAAACAAAUCCAGGGGGGUACGGCUCGCUUGUUGCUCUCUCAGCUCAAGGUGAUCGGUGGCUGAGCUCAGUUGAAAGUGUCAGCUUGCCCAGGCUAGAACUGGAACCAAAUAAGGAUCUCGUGACAUUGGAAACAAGGCCGCCUAUUCCGACUGCACGAAUUCUCCCUGCUGAUCCAGCCGAAUUCUUACAGUCCGUGAGUCAGUUCGCUUGGGUGCAGCCAACAUGUGCUUCAGCCACUCCGCCCAACCUUCUGCCUCUCCCUGUAGCACAGCCUGUGGCUGUGGUUAGUCAGAAGGAUCUUGAACUCCAGGGUGUCCUGUACACCAACCUGCUCAAACUGCGGGCUGAUCUUUCUCAUGAGCUCGACUGCGCACCUUACAUGAUCGCCACCAACAAGAACUUGCGUGACGUGGCCAAAUAUAGGCCUGACAGUAUCGCGAAUCUCGCACGAAUUGAUGGGAUAUCGGAGCGGCAGAGUGAGCGGUUUGGUGAACGCAUUUUACACGAAGUAAUCAGCUUCUGCAAAGCACGUGAUCUGAAGAUAAACGACUUUCCAGAUGCCACGGACGCGGCACAAAAACCGUUAACGAUGAGUUAUAAACCAUUAACGCAGACCUCAGCUACAUCAACCGCGGUGGGAACCCUGUGUGAAGAGCUUUCUGCUACAGUCAAGACUACGUAUACCUUGUUCCAUGAGCGACAGCUGUCAAUCAGGGAAAUCGCCAAGGCGCGAAACUUUGUUGAAAGUACCAUCCUAAGCCAUCUAGCGGACGCACUCAAAGCCGGGUACCCUGUGGAUUUAUCACGAGCCGGCGUGACCGACGCAGUUAAACAACACGUGACCAGCGUCAUAAGGGCACCGCCCAUCAACUCAGAUAUAAGCAAGCUGUCGGCCAUUAAGGAGCAUCUACCCCAGAGUAUCUCCUAUGGACAAAUCAAACUAGUGACCGCGAUACUAGAGCGCUCACUCAUGCCUCAGACGGGCCCAGCGCAGGGAACAGACUCACAAGGGGCCAGCAUAAGAUCGCCAUAUUGGUCCCCCGCAUCACAGUCCACCAAGAGAAAGGUCCCUCCUUGGAUGUACACACACAGCCAGUCGAACAGAGGGGCCAAGGUUAAAAAGAAGAACCCUUUCUAAAAUAGACACAGCCAGUCGAACAGAGGGUCCAAGGUUAAAAAGAAGAACCCUUUCUAAACUGCUACUGCGGUUAUUAAUGUUCUGCUAGCCCCCCACAUUUUUAAUCAAUCAAAAUCUUUAAAAAAUCCUUGAAUACUUGAGUUUUCAUUCACCAAAAAUGUUUCCAAAUCACGCGCCACCUCUCCACAAGGUGCUGGCCAGUCAAAACACACUGAAUGUAAUUCAGUUAUUAAUCUCAAUAUUGAUCAAAGUGAAGGGACGUCUUGAAAUUGUUAAAGUUUGACAAUGAAUUUAUCAUCCUCCAUCUUCUCCUAGCUAAUUAGUUACAGGAUAUUUGCAAUGGAGAGGUGACAAGUCAUAAAGUUACUUGUGUGGACUGAAGAGACUAUAGAUUUACAUUAGACAACAUAGUCACCGUUAUCAUAGUUACCGUUGAAAGGGCCAAGUGACGUAGUAUACACUUUUCUCAAAAGACGCUGCCAGUGCAAAUGAAAAGAGGAAGUUCUACUUACAUGAAUACCUUUGGUUCUCGUCAUAUUUCAACAGAAUACAUCCAAAUGUGAAUAGAUCAUGAGAUUAGUUUAUUUAUUUUCAUUUUUACAAGUAACAAUACAAUGAGCAGGGGUCAGUCUAAGAACUGGCAGCGGUCUUUGGCAAAUGUGUAAUAAUGAUAAUAAUAAAGUACUAAGAUAUAUUUAUAUAGCGCCUUUCUCCAUUAGACCCAAGGCUGGCCAAGUCCUGUAGUUCAGAUGGUAAUUCAGCUUUUAGCUGCAAGAGGAGUUAUCAAACAAAUUAAAAUACACUUAAGAUGG